AGCCCUUGACGCUGCCAAGAUGGAAGGGAAGAAAGAAAUUAAUCUAGACUCGGUGCUGGAGAGCCUAGGUCCGUACGGACGCUACAAUAUACUCAAUUUCGUGUUGCUGCUUUUCCCGAUUUUGCUAAGUGCUUUCUUCGAGUGUGGAUUUAUUUUUGAAGCGCAACAGCAGAAUUACAGAUGCGAAGUACCAGGCUGCGAAGGGCUGUACAACGACACCUCAUGGCUCGAAUAUUCGUUCGCCAUCCCGACCACAUCAGACGCGAAACACCUAAAGUCCUGCAUACGAUACGCGCCGAUCGGCACGGGUUGCACGGCGGAUCAGUUCAACACCAGCAACAUCGUGGCGUGUGAGAGAUACGUGUAUGAGAUUGAUCAAAGCUUUAUGCAAGAGUUCGAUCUCGCCUGCCAAGAGUGGAAGCGCGCCCUAGUAGGCACCGUGCACAACUCCGGCAUGUUCGCCGCCAUGCUCUUUACCGGGACCAUCUCGGACCGCUUCGGCCGAAAGAUUGCCGUCGGGAUCGCGGCGACCGCCUCGCUGGUCUUCGGGAUCCUCCGGGGCUUCGCGCCAGAUUACACCACUUAUCUUGUUAUGCAUUUCUUCGAGGCCGGCUUUGGGGGUGGGCUUUACCCGUCGGCGUAUGUUCUGAUUGUAGAGCUGGUCGGCCUCAAGCAACGCGUCAUAGUAUCAGCCAUGUGCAACAUGGCCUUCGUGAUCGGCGUAGUCAUCCUCUCCGGCAUAGCCUGGUUCGUCAACAACUGGAGAACUUACAUCUUCAUCCUCUACUCUCCUGCCCUCCUGGUCACAUUAUACGUCUGGUUCAUGAAUGAAAGUUCACGCUGGCUACUAAGCAAAGGAAGAAAAGACGAAGCUAUCAAAAUAUUGAUGUCUGCUGCCAAAAUCAAUAGACUAGAUCCUAGAAAACUUGAACUAGACAAUCUCGGAGAUCCGCUUUUGAAAGCAGAGAAUCAAUCUGAUGACAAGAAAUCUCAAUUCUCCAAAGCGAUUCGUUCUUCUAUAAUAUGGAAGCGUCUACUGAUCUGUAUGUUUCUGUGGAUGACUUGUUCUUUUGUGUACUAUGGAAUGACAAUAAACUCUGUGUCGUUGAGUGACAAUAAGUAUUUGAGCUUUAUGUUGGUGACGCUGGUGGAAAUACCGGCGUACGUGGUAGUGGCGUUAGUGCUGGACAGGUACGGGAGGAAGAAGACGUUGGUAGUGACGUACACGACUUGUGCUGCGACGAGCAUGCUGUUUGCUUUCUUGCCAAAGGCGGCCUGGUGGUCUACUGCGCUGUACCUGGUCGGCAAAUGGAGCGUGACUCUUGCCUACAGCUCCGUGUAUAUCUACGUGUCUGAAGUCUUCCCGACGAACAUGAGACAGACUUUGAUCAGCAUCUGUUCGACGGCUGGUAAAAUUGGGUCUUUGGUCGCGCCGAUGACGCCGCUGUUGACCUUAUACCACAAGUCCAUGCCAACGGUCCUGUUCGGCGGCAUGUGCAUCGUCUCAGGGCUGCUGGUGCUGAUACUACCAGAGACCAGGAACACGCGGCUCCCGGACACGAUCGAGGAGGCAGAGGCGUUGUCCAAGAAACGGAACAAAGUUGACGAAUCUUAACAUAGGAAGCUG